AUGAGCAGGAACUACUUGUCCAAAAAUGAUGAGCUCCGCAGAGGAGACUACCUGAUGUCCAACAACGGACAGUGGAAAGCUGUCUUCCAGGACGAUGGCAACUUUGUCAUCCAUGGCUGGAAGCCAGUAUGGGCCUCUGACACUGAUGGACUGGAUGCAACCCGCCUGUGCAUGCAGGCUGACUGCAACCUGGUCAUGUACAACAAGGCUAACCAACCCAGGUGGCAAACAAGCUCUGCCAAACCUGAAGGUAACAUGUGCCAUCUUUACCUGACAGAUGACGGCAAACUGGUGCUGGACAGGAAGUCUGAUCAGAUCUGGACCUCUGCUAACUCCAAAGGCAUGAAGUAA